UUUGGCUCCUCCGUUUCCUAUAUGAUAACGGGUUAUGGUGGUUGCAUAAAAGCCUCAAAAUAGUGGAAUUCUUACAUAGAUACAGAAUCAAAUCCUCAAAAUCGAUGGACGACAGCUUCAGAGUCCGGGCAGAGAAGGUUUUCGGAUCGCUCCCUUCGUCGACCUCGACCACUUCGUCUCUGCAAGUGCAGUCCUCUCCCUGGUCCGUCACCGGCGACGAGGUCGAGCGCAGAGAAUGGAGGCGCGGUACGGACGCCGACUCAUCUGACAGGGACCAAACGCCGUGUUCAUCGUCGUUUUUGGAAGACGAAUGGGGAAUCAGAGCGUCGAUAGGCUUGGAUCCCACUCUGGAUUACGAGGACGAGGAAGAUGAAUAUGACAAAGUGGCUGCGGGCACAGAAGGUCUUGGUGACCGGUUGUUCAUGAACGAGGUUACUCAUCAUGGGUCUUAUUUAAACUCUCACAAUGUGCUUCAUGGUAGCAAUAAAGAUCCACGUGCCAAUUUUCUGGCUGCAAGACUUAGGCUGAAAGAGGAUGAUGCUGAAGCUCGAAAUUUGAGUUCUCCUGCGGCUUCUGCUUCACAAGUUAAGGAGCAGCUUGUUAAAUCACCUGAAGAUGGUGGCCAGCCAAAGUCUAUAUUGAAAAGGAAAGACAAUACCUCGGUUGUGAAGGCGCAGAAACGUGUCAGGUUUAAUCCUGGUUGUGUAACUCAUUGUGAUUCUGAAGAGUCACCAGAAAUACUUGAAGACUUUGAUAUGGGCUCUUCUGAUGUAAAUGGAAUGGAUUCAGAUAAUGGUUCUGGGUUGGCUCCAAAUGCUUCUGGGGUUCCUGAUUAUUUAGUGAAUCCGUCCAAGUAUACACGGUAUAGCUUUGAUACAACAACUGAAGUUGAUGAAGAUGGCAACACCCGAGCUUGUAUGGACUACCUUAGUCAGCCUAAGAGUUCAAAUACUGAUUCAAGAUCAGAGAUGGAGGAUGCUUCAGCUCAACUGCCCAAGUCUGUGACCUUUGUUUCAAAGAAAAAGACAGGAGAUGGUAAUGCAGUAAACGAUAUCAACAAUAUGAAGCAAGACAAUGAAGAUGACAGGAAGCAGUCCUUAAACCGAGCAAGCUUCCCUGUUGGCAUUGCAGCUGUUGAAGUCCAUAAUGAAGAUAGUGCAGUGGAGGAAGAAGGGUCGGCACCAAACCCAGCAGAUUUUAGUGGUUGUUUAGAGACACCUGGUCGGAAGUAUCGAACAAAAUCAAUGUUGGAUGAGUCCGAUUCUUGAUGUUCUCUGAGAUUCAGAUAGUCUGCAUUGCUGGGUUGAAAUUUCUUUGUUUCAAUUUUUUUUUACUGGUUUAUCCUGAACAAUGUUUCUUCAUACUUAAAACCACAUAAUCAAGUACCCGACCUUUGUGAAAUUAUGGGUUAUCCAACGUAGUGUAU